CGGACAUUCCUAUGCAAGCUGGCAUCUCUGGUGGAUUUCCAAGCAACCCUCCAGAAACAUAGCACGUCUCUGAUUUCAGACAGUGCUUUGCUUCAUCUUUUUUCUUUUUACUCCUCUUUCAUCUAAAAACAAUCGAAACAAGCUCAUCGUAAGAAAUGGUUCUAAUCAAGAGCUUCGUGCUGGGCGCCCUUGCCGCCACCGCCGCAGCUAAAUCCGCCGUCAUCGAAUUGCUUCCCUCCAAUUUUGACGACAUCGUUCUCAAGUCCGGCAAACCUACGCUCGUCGAAUUCUUCGCUCCGUGGUGUGGCCACUGCAAGACACUUGCUCCUGUUUGGGAGGACCUAGCCAAUACCUACGAGUACGCAAAGGAUAAGGUCCAAAUCGCCAAGGUCGACGCUGACGCCCAGCGUGAGCUCGGUAAGCGAUUUGGUAUCCAGGGUUUCCCUACUCUUAAGUUCUUCGAUGGCAAGAGCAGCAAGCCUCAGGAUUACAAGUCUGGCCGCGACCUCGAGAGCCUGACCAAUUUUAUCGUUGAAAAGACCGGCGUCAAACCUAAGAAGAAGCUUGAGCUGCCCAGCGAGGUUACCUACCUCAACGAUGCUACAUUUCCCAAGGCCAUUGGUGGCGACAAGCAUGUUCUCGUCGCUUUUACCGCUCCUUGGUGUGGACACUGCAAGAGCCUUGCCCCCACCUGGGAAGACCUCGCCAACACAUUCGUCAACGAGAAGAAUGUCCUGAUUGCCAAGGUAGAUGCCGAAGCUCCCAACAGCAAGGCAGUGGCUGAGGAGCAAGGUGUCAAGUCCUACCCAACCAUCAAGUGGUUCCCUGCUGGCAGCAAGAAGGCUGUAGCCUACGAAAGUGGACGCAGCGAGCAGGCCUUUGUUGACUGGAUCAAUGAACACGCCGGAACCCACCGAGUCACCGGUGGUGGUCUUGAUACUGUUGCUGGUACCGUUGAGUCUCUUGACACGCUCGUGGCCAAGAUCACAGGCGGUGCUGCCAUUGCUGAGGUCGCCGAGGAGGUCAAGAAGGAGGUCGAGGGCCUCACCGAUGCUGCUCAGAAAACAUACGCCGAGUACUACGUGCGCGUCUUUGACAAGCUGAGCUCGAACAAUGACUGGGUCUCGAAGGAGCUCGCUCGUUUGGACGGCAUCCUUACUAAGGGUGGACUGGCCCCCGCCAAGCGUGACCAGAUUCAGCAGAAGACAAACGUUCUUCGCAAGUUUACGCAGAAGGUCGAGGAGAAGGUCGAAGAGAUCAAGGAUGAGCUGUAAAGAAUCACACAUAUGAUAAAUGAGAGCGGAAAGCAAGUCACGAAUCAAAGUAUUUUAUGUAGUUGGAUCUUAGUCGACUGGACUCGACGACAUAAUGAAAUCGUAACGAGACA